AUGAUGCGGAGCAUCUUGACGAAGUUAGCUUUGGACUUGCUUCCAUUCUAUCCAACUAAAAGGCAGGGCCACACGUACUCACUAGUUCAGUCUUCUUCCUGCCCGCCCGCCUGCGACAUAAGCACAAAUCGUCAGUUCGUCACCGAUCUUGUGUUGCCUGUGGCUGUGGCGUUGGGGUUCUUCAUGAGCGUUUAUUUUCCCAUUGCGAUCACACCAAAGCUUCAGUGUGGCAUACUGCCUUGGAGUAGUAGUUUUUCUGUAAACUCCACCUUCAGUGACAGCAGCAUAGUUGCUAGACUAUGGGCACCAUUCAGCAACACCACUACCUCAAAUGCCACUUCUGGGGUUGCAAGAAACCCGCAAGGUUCAGAGAGGUUACCACCAGGGAUUGUGGUGUCGGAGUCUGAUCUUCACCUCCGCAGGCUCUGGGGGUCCCCAACAGAGGACACGCCGACACGCAAGUACCUCCUGGCGCUGGCCGUAGGGUACGCCGAGAAAGUCAAUGUCAAUGCAACUGUGCAUAAGUUCUCUGACAACUUCGACGUCAUGGUGUUCCACUAUGACGGUCGCACGACGGAGUGGGACGAGUUCGAGUGGUCAAAGCAGGCUACUCACGUUAGCGCCAGGCAGCAAACCAAAUGGUGGUUCGCCAAGAGGUUCAUGCACCCAAACAUCGUGGCGCCAUACGACUACAUCUUCUUGUGGGACGAGGACCUCGGCGUCGAGAACUUCGCUGCGGAACCGUACAUCGACAUUGUGAAGAAGCAUGGGCUAGAAAUCUCGCAGCCAGGGCUGGACGUGACCAAGGGGAAGAAGCAGUACGAUAUCACUGCCAAGAGAGACACUGGCGAGAUGCACAAGUUCGUGGAGGUGAUGGCACCGGUUUUCUCCAGGGAUGCUUGGAGAUGCAUCUGGCAUAUGAUACAGAAUGACCUGAUCCAUGGAUGGGGACUGGACUUCCAUUUCUGGAGAUGUGUCGAUGAUCCUGAAGAGCAGAUUGGCAUCGUAGACGCUCAAUAUGUGGUCCAUCACGCAGUAACGACACUCAUGGGAAAGGUAACUAAUAAUCAAGGGCAGGUGAAAGCCCGAUGUACCGAGGAGUAUGCCACCUUCAGAUCCCGAAUUUCAGAUGCAGACAAGGAACUUGCCAACUCUACCACCACGUCAUCAUCCACAACACUAAGCUAA